CUCUUCAAUUGCUGUGAAAAUUUGCUUCGAUGGAAUCUGUAGCAAAUAACGAAGGUAUGUACAUUCCUGUUUGUGAUGAUGCUUUGAAGCCAAUGAUUGGUAUGAAAUUCAAUACAUUAGUAGAAGCAGUUGGUUUCUAUGAACAUUAUGCUCGUUCAGUUGGUUUUGGCAUUCGUAAAAUGGGUAACAAAUCAGUUCAAGGUAUUACUAAGUGGCAGUAUUUGGCUUGCAGCAGACAAGGCUCUAAGAAUUUUAUACCUGGUCAUGCAUCCCAAUCAACUGAAGUGUCUUUUAAAAAGCGUAGGUGUCGGUCAUUUAGGUGUGAAUGUCUUGCUAAGCUCAAUUUGAGAUAUUAUUCAGAUGGCAAGAGCAGAGGAUAUGAGGUUUAUCAGUUUGUUGAGUAUCAUAAUCACUUAAUGGUUGCGGAUGAGCAUAGGCAUUUUAUGAUGGCCAAUCGCAAUCUGGAUCCUAUCCAUCGGAGGUUUAUGGAGGAUUGUGGCAGGUGUAAUAUUGGUCCCACUCUCACAUUCAAACUUUUGAAGGAGAUAAUGGGUGGACCUGAAAAUGUUGGAUGUGAUAUUAUUGAUAUUAGAAAUGGUUAUCGUGAUAUUAUGUCCAAUAUUGAUGGUUCAGAUGCUCAAAUGAUUUUUGAUUAUAUGCGUUCUCAAAAGGAAUCAUCUGAUGCCUUCUAUUAUGAAAUUGAGAUAGGAUCUCAUGAAAAGUUAACUAGACUCUUCUGGGCUGAUGCUAUUUCAAGACGAAAUUAUCAUAUGUUUGGAGAUAUAACCAUUCUAGACCAGUUACAUUUGGAGCUGGCUUGUUAUCAAGUGAAGGUAGAGAAUCCUAUUCUUGGUUGUUUGGCUGUUUUGUUCGAUGCAUGGGGGUAG